AUGGCAACGGUAUUCUGUAAGGUGGGGGGUGGGGAGGAAGCUGUACCGAAGAAGGAAGCCCUCAAUGUUGUGAAUGUGAUCGACCAAGUGCCAAAGCCCUGUCCAAACCCUAAGUUUAUUAACCGGUCCAUGGCUACCAAAGGCCUCCUGCUUCCCUCGAGACGCAGCUUGGUCAACUGCUCAGAGGAUGAGCCCACUGAUGUCAUGAUGCAGAUGCCAGUGGAAGACUCUGAAUACAGCUCGGAUGACACUAGUAUGUCCCCCGUACCAUCUACCCUCAUGAACCCCAUCAAAAUGGCUGUGACCCAGCCCAAUAGCAGUUUCUUUGCCGGCAUCCUGGAGGGCGAGCUGAACAAGCUCAGUUUAUCAUCACUGGUCAAGACCACAGAAAAGGAUAAUCUGGCCCUCUGCCCCCGUUCAUCUAAGUCCCAAAUGGCCACCAGGGGCCUGUUGGACCUUGACAACCCUGCACUGGACACAGACACCUCCUCAACACGCUCUGAGUCUUCCGUGGUCAUGGAUGUGCCCGAGCCUCCGUUCAUUUGUGAACACACUGUUGGCGACUCCACAGCUGUGAUUUCCUGGACUUAUCCUGCAGGCAAGCAGCAGGUCAGUUUCUACCAGGUGCUGCUGCAGGAGGCAACCAGACCAGGUGACAAGGAGGUGCCCAGGGUCAAGAACCGCCCCUGGAUCUUCAACAAGAUCCUGGGUACCACAGUCAAGCUGAUGGAACUGAAGUCGAACACGAGUUACUGCCUUACCGUCCGGGCCGCCAACACAGCUGGGGUGGGGAAGUGGUGCAAGCCCUACAAGUUUGCAACCGUGUCUACCGACUUCAACAGCUUCCCCGAGAACAAUCCCAUCCAGGUCACCGUGCAGCGCAAGCAACCUCAGCGGAGAACCGUGUCCAUGACAAUGGAGGAGAUGCGGAGGCUGGAGGAUCUGGAAUACCUAUAUCCGUAUUAAGGGGUGUGGGUUGAGGCUGUCCCUUGCCCACUGUCUGCCUUGGUUCUGGGUCCUCAGGAACCAGAACCAUGAGAUGUACUGUACUAUCAAGCACCAAGCCAAAGAACCACUAGUUAUCCACCAGCCUAGGGCCUGGGGCAGAUGAAUUGGAACCUCACCCCUGGGUUGGGGCCCUGGAUAGACAGGAGUCCCGUUCAUCUAGAGACAUCUUGGGCUGGGCCAGGCUCAGUCACUGCCCGAUAGCUGCUAGGUACUACCCCCCUUCCUCCCUGACCUGGGCUGGUUCCAGGUCCCCAUUAAAGAACUGA